UCGGAAGUUUCAACCACUAUAACAAACAAACCCCACCACUUUUAAAAAUUCUAAAAUGGCCCCACCUUACUCUCCUUUAUAUGCGCACAAACACAUUUUCACAAACCUUAUUCCUCUCACUUCAGAUCAAAACCGCUUCUUCUUCAGAGCAACGAAACCAUGGAUUGGUUCUCAUGGCUCUCAAGGACAAACCUUGAAUCCUCCCUUAUCUACGAGUACGGUCUCUCUUUCUCCCACAACGAGCUCGAACACGAAGACAUCGCUUACUUCAACCACGAGUUCCUCCAGAGCAUGGGCAUCUCCAUCGCCAAGCACCGCCUCGAGAUCCUCAAGCUCGCUCGCCGCGAUAGGAAAUCAUCGCAGCUCUCCAGGAUCAUGAUCGUGAUUAAGAAGACCAGCAAGUGUUUCUCCGAGUACUUACGCGCCUGGAUUCGCCGCGACGAGUCGUCUCGAGCUCUCGUGGUGGUGCCGAGGAGCACGAGCAGUGGGAACGGGAGGUGGAGAGGCGGCAUGCUGAAGAGGAGCAAGAGAUCGGUGAUGCCGAGCAACGGGAAUGGGAGUUUCAAGCAGGAGAGGCUGCUGUUGACGAACGGGACUCCGUGCAGGCUCGACAGCUUCUCGGGCCCCAUGGUUUGCGAUUACGGUUUCAAAGAGGAGAAAGAACUCGUUGAUGACUAUUGGGGUAAAGGCCUCGAAGAGAUCAAGUGGGAUUCGAUGUUUCAGAACCUGAAACCCACUUGAAAUCUCGGUUCGAUUUUGAAUUCCCUUUAUUCUUCUUGUUGGAUUCUCUGAUGCGGAAUCAGAUAGAUGGUGAGAGAUGGGUUUUUAGGGUUCUUCCACCAUGGAUUAAAUUUUGCCAUUUUCCAGUGUGAUUCGUUAGGCUAAAUACUAAAUCUUUUUUUGGGGGCUCAUUAACCAAUUGAAUUCUGAUCUUUGGGGGAUCAGAAAUUGAGAUGUUGGAAUUAGAAUUAGGGCUAUUAGGAAAUGUGGGCCUUCUGUAAUAUGCUUGUUCAUGUAAUGAGUGUCUCCACAUCUCCAUUUAUCCGCUUUUUCAUCGCCUUUCUCUCUUUCCGAAGCAAAGAAUUAUUGUCAUCUACUUCAGAAUUUACAUAUUCUCCCCCUUUUAUUUA